AAUGACAUGCUGAAUAGUAGGACCUUCAUUUUUUUGUGACAGAUGUCUGUAUUCACAUCUAGGAACUCAACGAUGGAAGACAUUGUACAGAACCCGUUGGAUGAUGGGCUUGGGAUAACAGAAAUAUCGACUUUAGAAGCCACAAAACAGCAUCUCAACUACCUGAAUUUGAACCUUGAAAAGGAUCUGCAGAGGCUGGACGAGGCCAAUCAGAUUCUUCUCAGACAGAUUCAAAAGAAAGAGAAAUCUAUUCAAAGUCUUGAAAGAGAAAUUGCCUUGUCCACUGAGAGAGUCCCAGAGACGGAAGAGUUCACUGAGAUUGCAAUACAGAAGGAGAACGCCCUGAAGGACCUGGAGCUGGAGACAGCAAAGCUGGAGGAAAAGAAUAAGACCCUAAGGGAAAAAAUCAUGCAACUUCAGGAUAGGAUUUCAACAGAACUUAAGAAUCCUAGCCAUGAUCCAGAAACCCUGAAAAAGAAAAUAGCAGAAUUGAAGGUGAAACUACGGAAGUCAAGCAAGUCCUGUGCACAACAAGAGAAGGAAAUAGCCAAGAUGCAAAGUGACUACCAGUCUGUACAUCAGCUUUGUGAAGACCAGGCUCACUACAUAAAGAAAUACCAGGAAAUUCUGAGGGAGAUGGAGAAGGAACAAGAAGUGAUGCUGCUUGAAAAAGAAAUGUCCAAAGCCCAGAAUGACUCUUCCCAAAAAGUGAAACCUGGGGCUACUCUGGUAGAGACCAUUCAGAGCAACAUGGAGAAGAACAUCAUUAAGAAGCAGAAGAGGAAGUUUUUGGUUAGGCACUUCCACUACCUCUUCUUCAUGAUCGUGGUCUUCCUUCGGCUACUGGGUUGCGUGAUCUUCCACCUGCAUUAUAUAAACCCGGACUUCCUCGUGGACACUCUGCCCAUGCUGAUGAGCAGAAGCACGCUGAAGUGGCUGAGGGACAUACUGUUACCCUUCCUUACACUAGAGGUGGAAGACGUUCUACCACACUAGUGGCAGGCGACCCGCCAGGCCUCCCAUUGUACCCACAAUGGAGGGGCUGUGGUUAUGGCCCUGAGUUGGUGGUGUGGGGCAGGAAGGAAAUGGUGGUGACUCAGGGCCUCUAUGUGACAGCUGAGUUUUAUAUGUAACUCUCUCCUAGCGUGUCUCUCUGCGAAUACAGAAUGCGUUUGAUCAGAGUUCACUGUGUUGGUCUGUGCAUCCUGAGGCCUUUCUAUGUAGUCACAAAUUCUCUGUUCUCUUCAGACAAAACAAAAAUGAAAACUCCUCUGGGACCUCCACUUUCUGUUUCAUUUUAUUAAACAAAAAAUAAAAUCACAUGUUAAUUUUCUAGAGUCUCAGUCCUUUAGGGAGGCAUGCAAGAGGGCGUCCAUGGAGCUAGACUUCGUGGAUGACUUUAAGUCUUACAUUAACCAACACUCUCUCCCUAUGGCUCUUUGUGCUUUGUGCUAUUUUUAAAAAGUGGGGUUAUAACAGAUACAACCUUUUUCCUAAUGAGGUAAUUACUCAUUCUUAAAUAAUUCAAAAAAGCAAAUUCAA